AUGUCGGCCUCCAAAGACCAAUCUACCCUCAGCAGCGCACCUGGAGCUGGAACUACCUACGGCCCUAAGGAUACCAAACCAUCCUCCACAGCAACUCCCGCCAUGUCUGUUGGCUCUGCGACAGCGGCUGGUCAUGGCCCCCACCCAAACGACAAUGCAGACGAAAGCAAUGUUACCUUGCCAAACUCUCGAGUUGGCCCACAGCAGGAGGACCUGGACGGGGAGCAGAUGCGGGCGCCUGGUGAAGGAGAAGUCAUGCAUGCACAGUUUGACAAGAAGAAUGCUGGUUGGGGCGACCAGAAAAGCUUGACUAGUAAUUUGGAAGCGCAAAAGGCAGAGCAAAAGGGUGCCCGGGAAGAAAUCAAGGCGCAAAGGAACGAGGGUGCCAAUGUGGAUGGGGGUGCUGGAAAUAGGGUCGAGAACGAAGGUAUGGCUGCGGUAUGA